ACACACACACACACACACACACACACACAUACAUACAUACAUACACACAUACAUACACACACACACACGGCUGUCACUUGAGCUUAUUUAUUCAUGUGACAUGAAUGAAACAGCUCUAGGGGACACGUGCGAUGUUUGUAAAGUUUGCUAUGGAAACGGUGUUGUAUCCGGACUCGGCUGCUCCGGAGGAGGACGGUUCCUGUGCUCGCUGCUCAAUGUGACAGAGGAUCACGUCUUCGCCAUGGCUCAGGAGCGAGGCAGAUUCGACUUCUACAUCGGCCUGGCUUUGGCCAUCAGCUCCAGUUUGUUUAUCGGUGGAAGUUUCAUCCUGAAGAAGAAGGGACUGCUGAGACUCGCCCGGAAAGGCUCCAUGCGAGCAGGUCAAGGUGGUCACGCGUAUCUAAAAGAAUGGCUUUGGUGGGCGGGGCUUUUAUCGAUGGGUGCUGGUGAAGCUGCAAAUUUCGCAGCUUAUGCGUUUGCCCCUGCGACACUCGUCACUCCGCUCGGGGCUCUCAGCGUGCUCGUCAGCGCCGUGCUCUCCUCCUACUUCCUGACGGAGAGGCUGAACCUGCACGGGAAGCUGGGAUGUCUCCUCAGCGUGCUCGGCUCCACCACCAUGGUGAUCCACGCGCCGCAGGAGGAGGAGAUCGACAGCCUCAAAGACAUGGCCGAGAAACUGAUGGACCCAGGCUUCGUCGUCUUCGCCACGUUCGUCAUCAUCGUGGCUCUGAUCUUCAUCUGCGUGGUCGGUCCACGUCACGGCCAGACCAACAUCCUGGUGUACAUCACCAUCUGCUCGGUGAUCGGCUCUCUGUCUGUGUCCUGCGUGAAGGGUCUGGGGAUCGCCAUCAAGGAGGUGAUCUCUGGUCAGCCCGUGUUCCGUAACCCUUUAUCCUGGCUGCUGCUGGUGAGCUUGGUGGUGUGCGUCAGCACUCAGAUCAACUACCUGAACAAAGCCCUGGACAUCUUUAACACCUCCCUGGUCACGCCCAUUUACUACGUCUUCUUCACCACCUCAGUGCUCACGUGUUCCGCCAUCCUCUUCAAGGAGUGGGAGCACAUGGGCUACGACGACGUCAUCGGGACACUGAGCGGCUUCUUCACCAUCAUCGUGGGCAUUUUCCUGCUGCACGCCUUCAAGGACAUCAACGUCAGUCUGGCCAUGCUGGCCAUCAGCAUCAGGAAGGAAGAGCGCAACGGGACGGUGGCCAACGGCGUCGGGGUGCACGCUCACUCCCCCUACGAGCUCCUCCGGGACGAGGAGGCGGUGGAUUUAGAGGACAGAGAGAUGACCACUACGUUCGAUAACGUCUCCAGGAGAAACGGCGGCAUAGCCGCGUCUUAGGUUUCAAACACCAUAGGCUAAUCAUCUACUGUGUGAUUUAUUUUUUGUUGUUUUCUCUUUUAAAAUCUGAAGACAAUCAGAAACAGACCAGAGUCUGGGACCGAACGAUUGUACACGAGUAUUCUUUCAUUUCUCUCUUCUCUUUCUGCCUUACACCAGUCACAGACGCAGCUUCUCGUAAGGCUUCGUCUUCUUCCUCGUGUAGCGUUGUAAAUACUUUUUAAAAGCCUUGGCUUCUGAUGUGUACAUAACCUGCACUGAUUUAUGAUUUUUCUUAUCAACUUUUUUAAUUUAAAUUUAAACCCCUCCCUCUUUUCCCCUCUUCUUCCUCCUCCUCCUGUUAUACCUUCUUCA